UUUUUUGAGAGACGAAUCGAUCAAGUUCAAAUCCCAGACAUUUUCUUCAAAUACUUUUCUACUUUUCAGUUGUUAGGUCGUUGAAUUGGUCAAAGUCAAAUCCGAGACACAUUCCCAAAAAUUAUUUUCUGAAUUGUUGUGUACACAUUCCUCAUUACUGCCUCAAAUUUGCAGAUAGAGAGAGAGAGAGAGAGUUGCAGAGAGAGAGAGAGAGAGAGAGAGAGAUGGAAGACGACGAUGGGGUGAAGAAGGAGGCAAUGGAGAUGCUGAGUGAAUUUCAAGUGCUACCUCGCCUCGUUGUCUUCGAUCUCGACUACACUCUCUGGCCCUUCUACUGUGACUGCCUCACUAAGUAUGACAUGCCGUCGUUAUUCCCUCACGCCAAAGGCAUAUUGUGUGCUCUCAAGGAUAAAGGUGUCGACAUCGCUAUUGCCUCGAGAUCGCCGACUCUCGAUGUUGCCGAAUCUUUCCUCGAGAAAUUGGGGAUCAAAUCGAUGUUUGUCGCUCAGGAGAUAUUUGCGAGCUGGACACACAAGACGGAUCAUUUUCAGAAAAUAAAUAAUACGACUGGUGUUCCGUACAAUGAAAUGCUCUUUUUCGACGACGAAGAUCGUAAUAUUGUAACAGUUUCGAAAAUGGGUGUUACAAGCAUAUUGGUGGACAACGGUGUGAAUUUAGUCGCUUUGAGACGAGGCCUCUCCGAGUAUUCGCAAAACCGGUCUUCAUCGGAAAGGAACAAACAAAGAUGGUUUAAUUUUUAGCAAUAAUUUCUCCAUCCAUUUUUAUAAGUGAAGUACCAUUCACUUAUAUUCAAUUUAUGUUGAUUGAUUGAUGUUAUCGUUUCCGAAUCCCGAAUCAAAUGCUAUUAUGCUAUUUAACUCUUACGAUUGAUUUUUCCCGGCUUUUCGUGUAACACGUUGUAUCCAUCAUUUGAAUCUUACUAUAUGUUACACCCGAUGAAGUGUACACUGCACGUAAAUAUUAAUUUUGUAUAUGUAUUUGUGUUUCAUAAUAAUGCAC